AUGUUGUGGCGAGACCUGAAGGCAUGGCAGGUCUACGGCGCCAACACCGACGUUGGUAAGACGAUCGUCUCUACCAUUUUAUGUCGAGCUCUCCAACGCCGAGCCUCGCCCAAUGGCCUUCUCUACCUCAAGCCUGUCUCUACGGGGCCUCAAGCUGAGGCUGACGACAGACAUAUAAGACAAUACGUGCCAGGAAUCAAUUCGAAAUGCAUUUCACAGUUCUCGCGGCCAUUGAGUCCCCAUCUAGCAGCAAAACUGGACGGGGAUAGUUCGAUACCCACGUCCGAUGCUUCCAUAGUCGCCCAGAUCAAAAAGCUACUAUCGCAACACAGCCAAGCUGGUGGACGGUAUGCUAUUCUGGAAACCGCGGGCGGAGUCCUGUCCCCCGGCCCAUCGGGAUCGGUCCAAGCAGAUCUAUACCGCCCACUAAGACUGCCUACGCUUCUGAUCGGAGACAGCAAGCUCGGUGGAAUCAGCACGACCAUCUCCGCCUUCGAAUCGCUGCAUUUGCGCGGCUACGAUCUCGACUCGGUCAUCCUGUUCGACGACCCGGAAUGGGGAAAUCACGGAUAUCUCCAGGAGCAUUUCUCGAAGCACGGCAUCUCGACGCUAGCUCUCCCCAUGCCUCCUGCAAGACGGGACGACCCCAACGAAGACGAGGCUGUACUUGCAGACUACUACCGAGAAUGUUCCGAGUCAACGACUGUCACGAAUCUGAUUGAUCUGUUACAGCAAAAGCACUUUUCUCGCGUGUCGAAACUCACUUCGAUGCCGUCUCAAGCUGAAGCGGUAAUCUGGCAUCCAUUCCGCCAACACGGCAUCCCGCAUAACAUCAUCGCCAUCGACUCCGCCUAUGGAGACUACUUCCAGGCCUACAACCCAGAAUCCGACCCGGCGUUGAGCAUUUCAGCUUCUUCACCCACGACAGGCCUUACUCCACUCGCAGCUCUACCUCCAACCAAACCCCUCUUGACACCUCUAUUCGACGCUUCAGCGUCGUGGUGGACUCAAGGUCUGGGCCACGGCAAUCCCGAGAUCGCACUCACAGCAGCCCACGCCGCCGGACGGUACGGACAUGUGAUGUUCGCCCACGCAGUGCACGAACCGGCCCUAGAUCUCUCGUAUAAUCUCUUAUCGACAUUGCAGAACCCACGCCUCAACCGCAUCUUCUUCUCCGACAACGGCAGCACCGGUAUGGAAGUCGCCGUGAAGAUGGCCCUGCGCGCCUCGUGCCAGCGAUACGGAUGGAACAAGAACGAUCACGAUAACGACGGACACACCCCUGUCUCUAUUCUCGGUCUGAAGGGCAGCUACCACGGCGACACGAUCGGCGUGAUGAACUGCUCCGAGCCGAGCGUCUUCAAUGAGAAAGUCGACUGGCAUCAGCCGUGGGGCCAUUGGCUCGAGCCUCCUUCCCUGCUGCUGCGGAAGGGGAUGUGGGAACUCUCGCUUCCCGACGAGAUGGCGCGUGGUGGCGGAACCGUGCAGAAAUUCGACUCUCUCGGUGCGAUCUUCGAUUUCGACGCUCGUCGAGACGACGCGGCGCGGUAUGAAGAGCACAUCAAGACCACGUUGGACAGUCUCGUUCGUCAGCAAGGGAGACGAUUCGGUGCGUUGAUCCUGGAGCCGCUGCUGAUGGGCGCCGGGGGUAUGAUUUUCGUAGAUCCCUUGUUUCAACGGACCUUGAUUACUGUUAUCAGGUCGAACCCGGAGCUCAUCGGUUCGAGGGUCAAUUCGGCAAACGAGUCAGGGGUCGUCGACGGUUCGACCGGCGGAAUCGAAGCAAGCACCAACUCUCAAGACUGGUCCGGUCUCCCUGUGGUUGCAGACGAGGUUUUUACCGGCCUCUACCGCCUCGGACGGGCCAGCUCGUCUUCUUUCCUUUCUUCCUCAACAGAUACUCUACCUUCUCACCAGCCUCAAUCCCAAGUUCAAUCUUCUCUACCUGCCUCACUCUCAACAGCAAUCGCACCCGACAUUUCCGUCCACGCCAAGCUCCUAACCGCAGGUCUUCUCCCACUCGCAUUAACAACCGCCAGCGAAGCCAUCUUCCAGACUUUCCUGUCCUCUUCCAAGACAGACGCCUUACUGCACGGCCACAGCUACACGGCCCAUCCUAUCGGAUGUAUGGUCGCGAACAAAGCACUGGCCGAAUAUCGACGUAUGGACACCGAUGGGACAUGGGACGGGUUUAAACAGUCUUGGUCGGCGUCAUCAUCCGCUGCCAACACCACCACAACCAGGUCGUCUAUCUCUGCUAUCUCAUCCCCAUCCUCCGAGUCAUCGUCAACAUCCUCCCCGCCACUCUCUGGGACUAUAUCUCCCGCGACCAACACAUAUUCCUUCUGGCCUCUACAUUUCGUCACGACUCUCUCGCAUCACCCCAGACUCGACGGUUGUUUCGCACUUGGCACCGUCCUGGUUCUCAAGGUCGCUGCUGAUUCCGGGGGCUCGGGUUAUACCUCGACAGCCUCGUCGUCGUUGCAGUCACGUCUACUCACGCUCCUCGAUAACGAAGGUUGUGGCAUCCAUUCUCGCGUGCUGGGUGAUAUCAUCUACUUCAUGACAAGUCUGACCACGUCCCCCGAACAAGUCGAAAGAUUGUCCAAGACUAUCUUGCAAGCUUUGGAUGAGCGGUGA